AUGGACCUACCUAAUCGUCGCAUGGUAGACAGGCAUUGUCGAUUUGUGUUUUGCCAAAAAGAAAGUCGAUCGCUGCUGCUGCUCACCACCUCCCACGGUGCUGAAAAACGCCAGAAAAGUCGGCAUCGAGCUUCCGUCGCAUGUGCAACGUGUCGCGAGCGUCGCGUGCGAUGUGUUAUUCCACCGGGCAGUCAGGAAUGCGUGCAGUGCCGGCGCUCGGCAACCGAAUGCGUGAUCAAGCUCGACGAUGAACGACGACGGCCCAUCUCGCGCGCCUACAUGGCUGCGCUCGCCGAGCGGGUGACGAUGCUGGAGUCCAUGCUCGAGGAGAAGGGUGCGGAAGUGCCACCAGUGCAGUACCCGGCCCAGACGACGAGAGGAAGGCCGGCAAUGUCGGCGUCGUACGGCCAUUUGCCUUCCAAAGGAGAGCAACCGAGUCCCCCGAGCGGCCAGGACGUCCAUCAUGUAUCAUCAUCAUAUGCAUCCUCCACGAGCAAUGCCACCGGUGUUCACGAUGAACGAAGUAGCCCUAUCGGAAUCCUUGCUGAUGACAAGAAAGAAGGUCUGGUGAGCAAGUUGCUGUCCACUCGCGGGCACUUGUCCUUGGAUCAGCUGUCUGGUCGUCACCGCUUCUAUGGGGGUACUGCGAACUUUCACAUCCAUUCUCAGCUUGGUGAUGGCGAUGAUGCCAAUUCUCACGAGGCCACUCUACAAGCUCGGCGAGCAGAGGACUGCAUCCGCUCCUUGGCUGCGGAGACUCACGAUUACCUGAUGGAUUUGUUCUGGCAGCACUACAACUCCGUAUUGCACGUCGUUCACCAGGAAGCAUUUGAUGAAGACCGUCGAGAUCAAAGGACGCGAUACUACUCCGGUUUCCUUCAUGUGUGCAUAUUGGCCAUGGGCUUUCGCUUCUCGGACAAGUCCAGGGCAGACAUGCAACACAUAGCACUGCCGAACCGAGAGAACCUGCUGCAUCGUGAGGCAAAGUUGAUGCUGGAUCUUGAGCUUCAACGACCUGGAGGACUGCCCUCGAUCGCUGCGCUGCUGAUACUUGCUGAUUAUGAGGCUGGCGUAGGCCGCGAUAACGUGGGCUGGAUGUACGCUGGCAUGGCCAUGCGACUAUGCUACGAUCUGGGGUUGCAUCUUGAUGGCAGGAACGCCGGACUCUCGCAGCGGGAGAUGGAUGUUCGAAGAGUCGCUCUGUUGGCAUGUGUCAUCUAUGAUCGGUAUUGGUCACUCUUCCUCGGUCGCCCACUGACCAUGAAGAGCCGUGAUCUUGAAGUCUACUCAUUGACUAACCAGUUCGAGCGACUUGGGUCUUGCAUGCCAGCCGGCAAUGGGCAAAGCCUGGAUGGCAGAAUAUACGAGGCCCUCUUUGCGCUGAUGGAGAUUGCCGGGAACAUCGUGGAGCAGGCCGAGUACUGGCAACACAACAAUCAAGCGCACAUUCCAGAGCAGUCGGCGUACUUCAAGAUGGCAGCCUUGGACAGCGAGCUCCACAAUUGGGUGUCUCGCCUAUCCCCUGACCUACGAUACACGGAAGAGAACAAGCAAAAUGCGCCGCUGUCCUUCUAUAUGCUACACCAGCAGUACCAUGCAACACUGAUACUGCUUCAUCGACCGUUUGCGCGUUAUGAUGAUGCCACCAACCCCGACCAGGUGGAAGAAGAGGAGGAGGAGGAUUCGAACGCUUUAGACAGGCAACUAUCCCAGGCCAGCCGAUCGAUAUGCACAAAGUCCGCAGUCGCCAUGGCCCGUAUCUUUUGGUACCACAGACAGCGCUUCGACGGUAAGCUCAUGUCCUGCGCGGCAAUGCAGCACGCAGGAUCUGCGGCAACCGCCCUUGUAGCCGCGCUCGCAUACAUGCCCGACGCAGCAGAGCGUAAAAACUACUGCCAGUAUCUUGAAAUACUGCACGCCGCGCUACAGGACAUGGCCCAUGCCUAUCAACCUGCCGAACGUAUGGCAGCAUUAGUGAAAGCUGUCAUGCUCGAAAUCAAAGGUGUUUCUACAUCUCCUGCCUCAACACCAACAGCCGCUCGCAGGGGAAGCAUCGAUAUUGAGGCAGACCGAGGCACGGCCAAGCGGCAACAGACAAGUCGUGGCAAGAACUGCAAUUCCAUGGCACCACCUUCAAUCGCACAUACGAGCAGUCGCAAGUGCAGUCCAGCAAGCUCCGUCAACAGCUUCCAGUCCGUGCCUGGUCAGGCACAAGCAAGUGACUUUGCCAUCGUGCUCCAGCAGACACAUGCGUGGUCAGGACACAUGAUGCCUCAAGCCCCGGUGCAGCCGGCACCAAUGAUGGCACCUCCUCCGGCUGGACCACUACCUCCCUAUAGUCAUCCGACUCCCAUGUGGACACACGAAGUCUUCCAUCCACAAGCGGUCUCACAGUCGCCAACCAUGGCGGGCAUGCCUGAAUUACUGACGGAGGACAUGGCGCACCUGGAGUUCCUGAAUGGUAUGCCGCUUACCUCAAAGGUAGAUUGGUCCAAAUGGGAAUUUCCAAGUGGUAUGCCAGACGCCAUGUCCAAUCUGAAUGGCUCGCAUUCUCGUGAUCUGCGGCAACAAUGGGCACAUCAUAGGAGACAGUGA